AUGUCUAGGACAGACAAUAUGCUUCGAUGGGGCUUCAUCAAGAAGGUGUAUGGCAUCAUCUCAGCACAACUGGUCCUCACAGCCAUCGUAGCUGGCACAAUCCUUGCAGUCCCUCCUGUCAGGGGCUUUGUGACAACCAGCCUGUGGUUCCAGAUCACCUGUGCCGUUCUGCCCCUCGUUGGUCUCAUCCCACUUUACAUGUACUCAAGGAAGCACCCGCAGAACCUGAUCAUCCUCGCCCUCUGGACUGCUUCCCUGUCCGUGGGCGUGGGCACUGCCUGCACAGUCUAUGAGCCGGCUGUGGUGCUGGAGGCACUCUGCCUGACAGCGGCCAUAGUGCUGGGCCUGACUACGUACACCUUCCACGCCGCAAGAAAGGGCUACAGCUUCCAGCGCUUGGGGCCCAUCCUCUUUGCAGCGCUGACGGCGAUGGUGCUCUGGAGCAUCAUACAGGUGGCUUUUGGAGCCUAUGUUGGCGGCCCGGGCAAGACAGUCUUUGCGCUGCUGGGCGCCAUAGUCUUCAGCGGCUACAUUGUCUUUGACACUGAGAACCUCAUCUCCAGGCACGAUCUGGAUGACUACAUCAUGGCCUCUGUCUCGCUGUAUCUGGAUAUUGUGAACCUGUUCUUGUACCUCCUGCGUCUCCUCGGCAACAACCGCAACUGA